AUGAGCGUUAUUGGAGAUAAUAACUUGGGAACUGGGGUCCCCAUGUUUCCCGGGUGCACUAAGAUUGAAUUGGUUUACAAUUGUUUGAUCCCGAUUCCAAGAAAUUCGAAAGUGGAAGAUUCCCAGUUGAAUGAGGAUAGUCCAAAACGUCUUGAAAAUGAAGUUACCGUGAUACCAAAGUGUAAAGGGCCGGAAUGUUAUCAGCCUCUCCAAAACGAUAAACCACACGAAAAUCUACGGUCGAAUCCUACGCAAGUGGAGGGCGAAAGUUUGGACUCGAAAUCAAUAGCUACAAAUAACCACAUCGAGUCUUCCAUUGGAUUUGGAGCAAAGACACUAUUUAUGCCUCUACAGGGAAUGCCUGCCAGAGUGGACGGAAUAAGUAAAAGGAAUGGCCUACUUGUCGAGGAAAACAAGGCGGUAUCAACCGUUGAACGCAACGACCCGGAGUCAGAAGUUGCUUUCAGUCGAAGGGCACACAUUCACAGAUACAGCAAGUGGUAUAUUCCAUAUGAUACCAAAGUCAGACCCUUCCUACCACCGUUUUGGCAAGGAGAGCUACCUAAGGAACACGAUCCCACAUUUGUAUACAUACAAAGGAUAAUAACAGAAAUUGCCCGUUUGAAAAAGAAGAUCAAAAGUGAUUGUGAGUUUGAAAUGAGUUUUUUUGACCACAUGUUACAUUUUCAUUUGAUGUACAAGGGAGAUGAAAAAGGAUUCAAGUUGCGAAACGAAUUUGAGGUGAGAAUUUAUAUGAGAGUUAUGUCCUUAUAUUAUUUUCUGAUGGGACUACUUUCUCAAUUUGAAGGAGAGUCAACCAAUUACCUAAAUGAAAAUGGCAAUGCUGAAAAAUUAAUUGCACUUGGCAAAAUAUCUAAUAGAGCUCUCAGAUUUUUGUUGCAGUUAUUGAGAAGAUGGGAACAGCUUCCUGUUGGCAACAUACGGGAUAUUGUGCAAACGAAUCAAACAUUAGACACUAUGUUGCAAGAGAUUGACAAAGAGUUUGGCGAGGUUGUCAAAAGCGUUGAUGAGGUAAACAACACAUCCGGGAUAGAAUACGACAUUGCUGACAAUCUUAUUACUAGUAGCACUAUUAAUGAAGAUGGUGGUCGACCAGUGCCAAAUCAUUGA